UAGUUUGAUUUUACAAGGAGACCAGCUCCUGAAAUGGGCCGUGCUAUGUUCUCAAGCGUGAUGCGUCAUUUCUGUUGGAGCUAUCAUACGAAGGUCUAGGGAGGAGUCGUUGGAUUACAUAAGGGUGUCUAUUUGUCCUGAAUAGUAAAGUUCUAUCAAGAUUUUCCCAUCACAUCAUCAUGCCCAUCUUGUACAGUGUUGUUGCCCGCAGCACGACUGUGCUUGCAAAGUAUGCGUCCUGCGCUGGCAAUUUUGCGGAGGUGACGGAAACCAUCAUGGCGAAAAUACCUCCGGAUAAUUCAAAAAUGACUUAUUCUCAUGGAAGCUACCUUUUUCACUACAUCUGUGACAAUCGUAUUAUCUACAUGUGCAUCACAGACGAUGAGUUUGAGCGUUCCCGAGCAUUUCUUUAUCUGAACGAAGUCAAGCGUCGCUUCCAGACCACAUAUGGUUCUCGAGCUGAAACAGCUAUCGCCUAUGCAAUGAACAAUGACUUUUCCCAGGUUAUGGCUCGAGAAAUGAAGCACUAUUCGGAUUCCAGAGAAGUAGACACUAUUUCCCGUGUUCAUGGAGAGCUGGAAGAAGUUAAAGAUAUUAUGGUGAAAAAUAUUGAUAAUAUUGCUGAAAGAGGUGAACGCCUUGAGCUCCUAGUUAAGAAAACAGAAGAUCUGAGCCAAAGUUCUGUGUCAUUUAGAAAAACAAGCCGCAAUCUAGCUCGUGUCAUGUUUUGGAAAAACGUCAAACUUUAUUUCAUUGUUGGUGGUGUGGCCUUGGUUAUCAUCUAUUUUAUUGUAUCCUUGUCCUGUGGAGGUCUUACCUGGAGCAAAUGUGUGUAGUCAAAAGCCAUAAGUUCAGCCAUACAUUCUUCCAUUUUCGUUUUAGGUUUGUACUGCUUAUUACACUUUCAAAUUCUCUUUUUACUUUCUUGCGUCGCAUUCCCAUGUAUGGUUUAGCUUGAUUUUUUUGCCCUGCUCCAGUCUCAUAUACUAUCUAUAUCAACUGAAAACUAUUAUCUUAUCAGAGAUGUUUUGUUUCUUUUGUAUAAAUGCCAUCUAUUAAUUGUAUUGUAGCAUUUUUUUUUUACCUUCAUCAAAAUCUGUAAGAUAGCUAGUUUCAAGUCAUUCAAUUACCACAAGACUGUUAGAAUUAGCACUAGCAUACUUCCCUCUGAGGUUUUUAUAAUCAUCUCAAGUAACCUUAACACUAAUUUUGAUACCUUUAUUUUACUAUGUUCAUUAUAGUGAGCUAUAAAAUACAAUAUUUUAAAAUUGUUGCUGUAAGUAUGAGUUUAUAGUUAUUCAUUUAUUUACUAUCAAUCGCCUUGUCUGAUGAUGCAAUUCAGUUACACAGAUGUUUUUUUGGUCUUGCUUGAGUUUAUGUGAAGGUGUACAUCAUGGUGCUUUCAUUUCACUUUGUCUUGUCUUUCUCUGAAAGAUGAGAGCAAAGUUAUGAAACGGAUGUAUGAAUAUAAUGUGUAUCUGUGAUUUGAGUAUUUUGUGUUAUGAAAGUCUUACAUUGUUACAAUUUUAAGUAAAGAAAUAAUCUGAA